GACAGAAGGCUGUUUGUAAAUCGGUCCUCAGCAUAUUUCCAGAUGUCUCGUAUAAUCCACCUUUUUGCUGACUGAUUCAUAUAGCUUUCAGUGGACGUUGGAUCUUCUGCGCUACUCACGCAGUUCAUACGGACUUGGUAUGCGAAUGUUUCUGUACCGCCGUCAACCCUGAGCCCUCCCGCCUCCGGGGUGGCGCCGCACCUUCCAUGGGGUGCACCAUCUCCACGUCAGAGCUGCGGGUACCGGACCUGCGCGUCUGUCUGCCGGACAAGGACCUCACCGAACCUGAGUCGCGCACAGAGGUCAGAUUGCUCUUCCUGGGCAGCGCUGGCACCGGCAAGAGCACUCUGAUGAAACAGAUCCGGAUGAUCCACGGUAGCGGGUACUCACAAGAGGAGCGGCUGCUCUUCAGGCAGGACAUCUAUGAUAACACCAUCGAAGGCAUGCGCGUCCUCCUGCAGGGCAUGCGCAAGCUGCGUAUGGAUCUGACCGACCAGGACCUGGACAAGGACAUGGCGGCGUUUCUGGCACUGUCCCCGAAAGGCGCCGAGCUGACGCCGGCUCUGGGUCGGCUGGCACACCGUCUGUGGCGGCGCCACGCGGUGCAGGAGGCGUACCGGCGUUGUCACGAGAUCCGUCUCUCGGACGCGGCCGUGUACUUCUUGCAGCACCUGCCGCGGCUGGCGGGGACAGAGUACGUGCCCAGCGAGCAGGACAUCCUGCACUGCCGCGUCGAGACGCGCACCAUCAUUGACAUCUCGGUGGAGAUCCGCGGUGUCACGUUCCGACUGAUUGACGUGGGCGGCCAGCGCUCGGAGCGCCGCAAGUGGAUCCACUGUUUCCAGGGCGUCACGGCCGUGCUGUUCUGCGUCUCCCUGGCGGCCUUCGACACGCGGGACACCAGCUCAGAGCAGCGCGGCCUCAACCAGAUGACCGAGUCGCUCAACAUCUUCGACGGCCUCUGGAACAGCCACUGGCUCGAGGGAAGCACGUUCUUUCUGUUCCUCAACAAGAGUGACGUGUUCAAAGAAAAGCUGCUGGUCAGUAAGCUUAGCGACGCGUUUCCCUCCUACAAAGGUGGCAACGACUACGAGUCGGCCACGGCCUUCGUGCAGAAGAUGUUUCUCGACGUGGCGUCGCGCACCAACAAAGCCAUCUUUGUCCAUUGCACUUGCGCGACAAACAAGGAGAACGUCCAGCUGGUCUUUCACGUUGUGGCCGAACUCAUCCUUCGUGAUAACAUGAAGAGCGCUGGACUCUUCUGAGCACGAUGCCUUUUUUGUUUUUAUUGUUUGUCAAUUGGCGUUUGACAGCGGAGAGCCAGUUGUUUGUGGUUUUGUAUACUAGUACAUUUUGAAGCGUUAUGUGUGACCAAAUAUCAAUAGUUGCCACUUGAUGCCAUGUUGUGCAUGGACGUGCGAGACAGCCCCAUCUUCGGACGUAGCGUGUUCGAUUCAAAAUGGCUGCUUAUAAAGUAGCUGUUUCGCUGAAGGAAGAGAAGUUUUACGUGUGUUUAAUAUAAACGCUUUAAAGCGCGUCAAAAUUUAGAUCAUAGACCUCUUAUGUGCUGUGGUGGUCUAUGUUUGGGCAUUCGCGCACUCUGGCUGUAGUCUAUUGCAUGAUUUCAUGGCACAUGUGUCGGUGUUAUUUAGUCUUACCUGGCCUGUUCUGUGUUCAACGUCGCUGGAGAGAGAACUUUAA